CUGCAGAAUGUAUAUAUGAGGAUAUAUCUGUAUGUAUGCUGUAUAUAUAACAGUUCUCUGUCUAUCCCUAGAAUGGUUCUAUUAAACUACCUGGCGGCCACUGACUGUAGAUCUCGGCUCCGUGCGGCUCUAGUCCUGUCCACUCCGUGGAACGUUUUUGUGUCCUCUGCAUCUCUGGAGCAGCCGGUGAAUUACCUGUUAUUCAAUCGCCCUCUGACCUCUACCAUACGGAACACUGUACAGAAGUAUCGUGACAUCAUUGGUAAAGUGCUUGAUGUAGACUACGUGUUACAGUCUGGCUCCAUCCGGGAAUUUGAUGAACGUUACACCUCAGUAGUGUUUGGUUACAAAUCGUGCGAUGAUUACUACCACCACGCCAGCCCAGACAACAAGCUGCGGAACAUCAGGACCCCAGUUCUGUGCAUCAAUGCAGCAGACGACCCCUUCUCUCCCCUCCAAGGGAUUCCCCUCGAUGAAGCGUCCGCCAACCCUCACGUGGCUCUACUGAUCCUUGCCCACGGAGGCCACAUUGGCUUCUUGGAAGGUCUCUUUCCAAAUCACCAGAGCUACAUAGACCGUGUCUUCAAACAGUUCUCUGGCGCUGCGUUCUGCCAUUGGGAAGAUCUGAGGCAGCUACAGAAAAUAAACUUCCAACCAAAAGCAGAAAAACCUUAAUGUUCAGAACCCAGGAACUAGACUUCAUCUCCUCCCACCAACGCCACAAUCACAGGACAAGUUCCAGACGCAGACCGAUGGUGAUCGCAGCCUCGCACAAUGGGGGUAAUUCCAAGUUGAUUGCAGCAGGAAAUUUUGUAGCAAUUGGGCAAAACCAUGUGCACUGCAGGGGGGACAGAUAUAACAUGUGCAGAGAGAGUUAGAUUUGGGUGGGGUGAGUUCAAUCUGCAAUCUAAAUUGCAGUAUAAAAUUAAAGCAGCCAGUAUUUACCCUGCACAGAAACAAAAUAACCCACCCAAAUCUAACUCCCUCUGCAAAUGCUAUAUCUGCCCCCCUGCAGUGCACAUGGUUUUGCCCAAUUGCUAAAAAAUGUCCUGCUGCGAUCAACUUGGAAUUACCCCCAAUAAUCGACACAAAAUGGAUUGUCAAUGUUCUUUUUCUGUCAUUACCAGUAAUUAGAGAACCCAACGCUGAUUUUUUUAUUUGUACGUUUUACAAGAACACGAUGAUGAUGAUGAUGAUGAUGAUGAUGAUGAUGUACAAUCUUUGUAGGAAUCACAAUAAGCACAGAUGAUACAAUACUUUAUUGUCAUUACCAAAAACAAUGAAUUGCCAAUGACAAACAUAUUACAAUCCCUCCAGCACAUUAUAACAGGCGAUACGUACUUCCAUCCAGCUACGUUUGUGCAUUCUGACCCUUCAGUAGAUGUACAGCUGUUUAGUACGCGCACGCCUAGUGCGUUUAUUAGCCGGUAACCAGAUAAUUGGGAUGACUAGGAUCAGAUAAGAUGUUUCUAGCUCUCUUUAACACUAUUUUCAUGAAGAUCAGAAAGUCGAGGCAAUGGCCCCCCGAUCUCUCUGCACUGCAGUCUUGGCCACACGUUCUAGGGCAACACGCUCAGUGGCGGUACAGUACCCAUACGUACUGUAAUCCCAUAGGUCAAGAAACUCUACUGUCCACCGAUAGAACCCAAGGAGCGUCUCCAUACUCAAACACACCGCCCUUGUACACCGCCAGCUAGUAACGGGUUAUUUCACAUGAACGUGCUGUGCGGUGUAAAAGGCCCUGGGUAGAAUAAUCCAGGACGAGUUCUCAGGUAUUCCAACUCGGGUAGCGGGCAGGGUUGAAGAUGGGUCAACCCGACAAACUGCUGUGUAAAUCAACCUGGCUCCUGUCCAGUGUAUAUAAGGGCAAUACUUGGUCCACUUGUCCAAGUAGAAUCCACGGGGUGUACCUGAAAAUAAAAUUAUACUCACCUAAAUCCAGU